AUGUCACUCAUCGGCCUCUUUGACCUGGACCCCAACCGCAUGUUCGACGUUUCUCUCAUCGGCCUCUUUGACCUGGACCCCAACCGUGUGCUUGACAUUGUCCUGUACGCCCCUCCCCCCCUUCCUCCCCACCCCGACCCCUCCCUUCUUCCCUGGCAGUCUCUCAUCGGCCUCUUUGACCUGGACCCGAACCGGGUGCUCGACUGCUACGAGAUGCACCCCACCAACUCUGCCUUCCUCCACCUCGUCAAGCUCUUCCCUGAGGUGCGUGCUGGUGGUGGAUGCUGUGCGGUGCAGUGCUGUGGGGGCCUGUGCUGCGUGGUGCUGUGCGUGCGGUCUCUUGCAGUGACAUUUAUGCGAACAUUUAUGUGGCUCCUCGACCAUCGCUGUUUCAGUCGGCUUCCACCUCCCGGUCCCUCCCUCCUGAUCAUCCUGCAGUCGCACGCGCCUCAGAUCCUGGGGUUCAAGUCGCACGCGCCCCAGAUUCUCGGGUUCAAGAUCCUGGGGUUCAAGUUCAGCCACUACCACCGCCUCACCGCCACUGCUGCCGCCGCUGCUGCUGCUGCUGCUGCUGCAGGAAGCAAAGGGGGGAAGGAGGGCGGGGGGAACAGCAAGGGAGAGGGUGCAGGGGGGGAGAAAGGAAGUGCAGUAAAAGCGGGGGCAGGGGGAGCAGGUGGUGAUGGCGAGGGAGGAGAGAAGGGGGAGGGUGGCAGUGGGGCGGAGGGGCGGAUACCAGACAGCCUGUUUGUGUUGGCAGCUAACUGCCUCAAGAGCAACGUGGUGCAGCUCGCUGCCUUGUACCCGUUCUUGGACCCGCCAGACGAGGAGGCAGAGGCACGCAGCAAGGAGAUGAACGCACAGAGAAUAGCGGAUGUGAACCGCAUAGGAAAGAUCAACCUAGCAGCGACGGGGCGGGACCUGACAGACGACCCGCAGCCAGCAGACGUGACGAUCGACCUGUACGGGGCGGUGGACGGGCAGGAGAGCGCUGCUGCCAAGGAGUGGGGCGAGGCGGAGGGCAACGAUAAGAUGCGCCUGCUCAAGGCGCUGCUGCUGGUGGAUGACUGGCCCCAUGCGCGGCAGCUGCUGGAGCACCUGAGGCUGCUGCACCCCGUCGCCCACCCGCCCAUCUGCACCGCGCUCUGCUCGUAUGUCUCCACCGCCCCCGUGCCCUGUGCGCUCAUGUGUGACACCAUUCUGCUGCAGAAGCUGUGCAAGGUGCUCAAGGCGGACCUCCUCCAAGCCCGUGCCGCCGCUGCAACUGCUGCCGCCGCUGCCGCCACAGCCGCUGCAUCAGCUGCCUCCUCCGCUCCUGCAACUCACUGUAACGGCCUUUCUCUUGCCGUGCUCACACCACCACCUGCAGCAGCAGCCAACGGCCCCAUUUCUGCUGAACCCGGCUCUUCGCUCGCUUCCCCUGACACCGCUGCUGCUGCUACUACUGCAACACCAGCAGCAGCAGCAGCAGCCGCUGCAGCAGAGGCAGCAGCAGCGGCAGCAAGGGAGGUGGAGGGGGGGGUGGUGGAAGCACUAGAGGCGUCGCUGCUGCCGGCGCUGCAGGCGGUGGUGGCGAGUCCGCCGGUGUGCAUGCAGCUGUGGGAGGUGCUGGCCUGCCUGCCCUUCCAGGAGCGCUACCGGCUGUAUGGCGAGUGGGAGAAGGAGACCGAGACCAACCCUUUGGUUCUGGCUGCCCGGCAGAUUGCACGGGUGAGUCAGUCAGGGGGUGGAAAGGGUGCUGAGAAGUCCAGUAGCACUAGAUCCUCUGCUGGUGGCGAGUCCGCCGGUGUGCAUGCAGCUGUGGGAGGUGCUGGCCGGCCUGCCCUUCCAGGAGCACUACCGGCUGUACGGCGAGUGGGAGCGGGACAACGAGACCAACCCCCUGGUGCUUGCUGCCCGGCAGAUUGCCAGGCUGGGCAUGCGCUGGACACGCGGAGAACACUGAAGCGGCUGGCGAAGGAGAAUCUGAAGCCAACGGGGCGCAUGGUGGCGAAGCUGGCUCACUCCAACCCGCUCACCGUGCUGAGGACCAUCGUGGUGCAGGUGGGUGCUGCUGCUGCCCUGUGCACUGCACACCGUGAAAACUGCUCUCCUCCUACCACCACCCUCCCCCGUUCGCUCGCCCUAAAACAGUUGGAGUUUGACAUUCUCGAGUACGUGGUGAUAGAGCGACUGGCCCUGCCGCGCAGCACCAUCAAGGAGGACGGGCUCAACAUCGCCGACUGGCUGCAGUGCCUCGCCUCCUUCUGGGGCUCCGUGUACGCGCCCUCCACCCCUGCCCUCCCUCCUUCCCUCCCUUCCCUUGCUUCUGGCGUACGGGCUGUACUGCUCUGUGCACGUUCCCUCCCAGGCUUGUGUUGCCUUUUGGGGUUCCGUGGGCUGGGCUAUGGAGCUCUCUGCAAGAAGUACCCUCUGGUGGAGCUGCGGGGGCUCUUAAGCUACUUAGUGAACCGGCUGCACCAAGGCGAGGCAGUGGAGCUGGUGUUGCUGCAGGAGCUGAUGGAGCAGAUGGCUGGCAUAGAGUCGAAUGAGAACCUCACGGAGGAGCAGCUCGAGGCGCUGGCUGGCGGGGAGACGCUCAGGCAGUUGACCGCCAGCUUUGGCCAGGCCAAGAACAACAAGGCCAUGGCGCGGUCCAUGGGGCGGCUCAAGGAUGCGCUGCUGCCGGGCAAGGGCGAGCCGAAUCUCGCCGUGCCACUGCUGGUGCUCAUUGCACGGCAACGAUCCAAGCCCAACCCUCUCUUCGUUCUAUCUCCCUUUCUCUCCCAGCCCCAAGCAUUCCGUUUGAGGCAGAGCAAUCGCACAGUAGUCACGCUGUUGGUUAAGUCCCUUCCUCCUUUCCUCUCGCCAUUUUCCACCCUUCUCCACCCUUCUCCACCCUCUCCCAGCAUUGUGUUUGAGGCGGAGGGGUCACACAUCAAGCUACUCAGCGAGCACUUCGACCGAUGCCACCUCAUCAUGCUACAGUACGCGCAGUUCCUCUCCGCCGCCCUCUCGCCGCCCACCUCGUACGCCGCCUUCAUGCCGACCCUGCACACUCUCUCGCAGCGCUUCCACAUGCCGCCCGAAGCCGCCUUCCUGUUCUACCGCCCUGUGUUGCGUCUCUUCAAGCCCUGCCCUGAUUCCCCCGUGUCCUGGCCUGCUCUCGCUGCUGCGAGUGGUGCGGGCGGGAGUGGUGGGGGUGGUGGGAGGGGAGGGGAGAAGGAGAAGAGGCAGCAGCAGCAGGGGGGGAGGAAGGGGGCAGGGGAUGGGGUGGCAAUGGAUGGGGUGGUGGAGGAUGGGGUGGAGGGGGAGGGGGAUGGGGAAUCAGAGGAGGACUUGGUGCUGUGCCUGGGAGAUGCGGCAGCUACAACUGCAACUGCUGCUACUGCUGCUGCUGCUGUUUCCACUAGUGCUGCUGCUGCGGCUGCUGCUGCGGCUGGCGCCGAUGCCACUGACAGCCCCGUGCACUGGCGGGACGUGGUGGAGUGGGUCCGAAACAUGCCGCCCGCAGCAGCGUGGCGGGGCUUGUCGCCGCCCUUCUAUCUGCUCUUCUGGGGGCUCUCCCUCUGCGACCUGCAUGUGCCACGGCAGCGCUACGAGGCCGAGAUGGCCAAGCAGAGAGCGCUGCUGAGGUCGCUUGAAGAUGUUGGGGACUCCUCAGGCUCAGCCAUCCAGAAGCGCAAGAAGGAGAAGGAGCGAGUGCAGGAGGUGUUGGAUCGGCUCUCAGCCGAGCUGGCUCGGCAGCAGGCUCGGGUCGAGGCUGUGCAGCGGCGGCUGGUUCGGGACCGGGCACGCUGGCUGAGCCCGGCUGCAGUGCCGGACAGCUGGCGCAUCGUGCCGUGCUUCCUACACCACUGCGUUAUCCCGCGCGUUCUUAUGAGCCCAGAGGAUGCAGUCUAUUGUGCCAAGUUCAUUCUGCGCAUGCACGCGGCGGCCACCCCGCAGUUCUGCACGUUUCAGAUGGUGGACGCCUUUGUGUGCAAGAGCUUCCACCCGCUGCUCGCCAGCUCCUCCGAGGCCGAGGCCGGCCGCCUGGGGCGCUUUGUGCUGGAGAUACUGCAGGCCAUCUACCGCUGGAAGAGCGAUGCAGCGGUGUACAACGCGGAGUGUCUGGACCACCCCGGGUCAUCCAAGAGUGUGAUGAAGAAACCCAACAACAACAUGACGCUCGACCAGUUCCGCACUAUCAACUGGAAGUGGAACGCGAAGCUAGUGAAGGUGCUAUCCACGCUCCUCGAGUCCACCGAGUACAUGCACAUCCGCAACGCCCUCACGCUGCUCUCGCGCGUCUCCGCCGUCUUCCCCGUCACCAAGCGCGGGGGGCUCGUGCUCGAGCGCAAGGUGAAUCGUCUCGAGGCAGAGGAGCGGCAGGAUCUGAAGCUCAUGGCUACCAGUGUGUCGGCCGCUCAUUUGCUCCAUCCCAUCAUCUCGUCAUUUCGUGAUUUCAUUCCAUCAUGCCAUGCCACCCACCAUCGCAAUCAGGUGAAUCGCCUUAAAGCGGAGGAGCGGCAGGAUCUGAAGCUCAUGGCCACCAGCGUGUCGGCUGCACUCAACGCCAAGAAG